GGGGGGAAGGAAGAGGAGGCGGGAUCCGGGAGCUGCGUUGGCUGCGGCCUGGCACCAAAGGGGCGGCCCCCGAGGAGAGCAGACCGGGUGGCCCCGGCGAUUAUGGACCCGGCCGAGGCGGUGCUGCAGGAGAAAGCGCUCAAGUUUAUGUGCUCUAUGCCCAGGUCUCUGUGGCUGGGCUGCUCCAGCCUGGCGGACAGCAUGCCUUCGCUGCGAUGCCUGUAUAACCCAGGGACUGGCGCACUCACAGCUUUCCAGAAUUCCUCAGAGAGAGAAGACUGUAAUAAUGGCGAACCCCCUAGGAAGAUAAUACCAGAGAAGAAUUCACUUAGACAGACUUAUAAUAGCUGUGCCAGACUCUGCUUAAACCAAGAAACAGUAUGUCUAGCGAGCACGGCUAUGAAGACUGAAAAUUGUGUGGCCAAGACAAAACUUGCCAAUGGCACUUCCAGUAUGAUUGUGCCCAAGCAACGAAAACUCUCAGCAAGCUAUGAGAAGGAAAAGGAACUCUGUGUCAAGUAUUUUGAGCAGUGGUCAGAAUCUGAUCAAGUGGAGUUUGUGGAACACCUGAUAUCCCAAAUGUGCCAUUACCAGCAUGGGCACAUAAACUCAUAUCUUAAACCUAUGUUGCAGAGAGAUUUUAUAACUGCUUUGCCAGCACGGGGUUUGGAUCAUAUUGCUGAGAACAUUCUGUCAUACCUGGAUGCCAAAUCAUUAUGUGCUGCUGAGCUUGUGUGCAAGGAGUGGUACCGAGUGACGUCUGAUGGCAUGUUAUGGAAGAAACUCAUCGAGAGAAUGGUCAGGACAGAUUCCCUGUGGAGAGGCCUGGCAGAACGAAGAGGGUGGGGACAGUAUUUAUUCAAAAACAAACCUCCUGAUGGGAAUGCUCCUCCUAACUCUUUUUAUAGAGCACUUUAUCCUAAAAUUAUACAAGACAUUGAGACAAUAGAAUCUAACUGGAGGUGUGGAAGACAUAGCUUACAGAGAAUUCACUGCCGAAGUGAAACAAGCAAAGGAGUUUACUGCUUACAGUACGAUGAUCAGAAAAUAGUAAGCGGCCUUCGAGACAACACAAUCAAGAUAUGGGAUAAAAGCACAUUGGAAUGCAAGCGAAUUCUCACGGGCCACACGGGUUCUGUCCUGUGUCUGCAGUAUGAUGAGAGAGUGAUCAUAACUGGAUCAUCGGAUUCCACGGUCAGAGUGUGGGAUGUAAACACAGGUGAAAUGCUAAACACGUUGAUUCACCAUUGCGAAGCAGUUCUGCACUUGCGUUUCAAUAAUGGCAUGAUGGUGACCUGCUCCAAAGAUCGUUCCAUUGCUGUAUGGGAUAUGGCGUCCCCAACUGACAUUACCCUCCGGAGGGUGCUGGUCGGACACCGAGCUGCUGUCAACGUUGUAGAUUUUGACGACAAGUACAUCGUUUCUGCAUCUGGGGACAGAACUAUAAAGGUAUGGAACACAAGUACUUGUGAAUUUGUAAGGACCUUAAAUGGACACAAACGAGGCAUUGCCUGUUUGCAGUACAGAGACAGGCUGGUUGUGAGCGGCUCCUCUGACAACACCAUCAGAUUGUGGGACAUAGAAUGUGGCGCGUGUCUGCGAGUGUUAGAAGGCCAUGAAGAGUUGGUGCGUUGUAUUCGGUUUGAUAACAAGAGGAUAGUCAGUGGAGCCUAUGAUGGGAAAAUUAAAGUGUGGGAUCUUGUGGCUGCUUUAGAUCCCCGCGCUCCUGCAGGAACACUCUGUCUGCGGACCCUUGUGGAGCAUUCUGGAAGAGUCUUCCGACUCCAGUUUGAUGAAUUCCAGAUUGUCAGUAGUUCACAUGAUGACACCAUCCUCAUCUGGGACUUCCUAAAUGAUCCAGCUGCCCAAGCUGAACCUCCGCGUUCCCCUUCUCGAACAUACACCUACAUCUCCAGAUAAAUAUGCAUACACUGACCUCGUACUUGCCCAGGACUCAUUAAAGUUGCGGUAUUUAACGUAUCUGCCAAUACCAGGACGAGGAACAACAGUAAAAUCAAAAUACUUCCCGGUUUCCCAGACUAGCCGAGGAGCGGGGCUGCGCGACUCCUGCUGGGACACAGUUGGUCUGCAGUCGGCCCGGGCCAGUCUCCUCGGCGCAGCUGCCUGCUCCAGUGCUGCUAUUGGAAGAUGUCUCCUUUCUUUGUGAAUGAUCGAACGUUUCAACCUCCCGCCCCUCCUCCUUUCCCCCGCACCUGUUUUUUCCCCAUUUGGUUCCAGACAAAGAUGACUUAUAAAUAUAUUUAGUGUUUUGCCAGAA